GAGCCGCGGCCGCUCAUCAUCGGCGUCGCCGGCGGCACGGCGUCGGGCAAGACGGCGCUGACGGAGCGCGUCGUCGAGCAGCUCAACGGCGAGGACAUCGUGUCCAUCACGCAGGACUCGUUCUACCGGGACCUGAGCGACGGCCAGCUCGCGCGCGUCGCGGACAUCAACUUCGACGCGCCGGCCGCGUUCGACUUCGACCACUGCGUCGACGUCCUCGCGCGGCUCCGGCGGGGCGAGGCGGGCGUGCGCGUGCCGACCUACGACUUCGUCGCGAACGCGCGGCGGCCCGCGCGCGAGGACGUCGUCGUCGGCGGCGUGCCGCGCAUCGUCGUCUUCGAGGGCAUCCUGGCGCUCUGGGACGCGCGGCUCCGGGACCAGUUCGACAUCAAGAUCUUCGUCGACGCGGACCCGGACGUGCGCCUCGCGCGGCGCAUCAAGCGCGACAUCGCGUGCCGCGGCCGCGACCUCGACGGCGUCCUCGCGCAGUACAUGACCUUCGUGAAGCCCGCCUUCGACGAGUUCAUCCUCCCGACCAAGGCCCACGCCGACGUCGUCAUCCCCCGCGGCGCGGAGAACGCCGUCGCCAUCGACCUGCUCGUCCGCGGCAUCCGCGAG